CACACACGCGCACACACACACACACACACACACACACUCACCCACCCACCCACACACGCGGCUCCGCCAGUGUGAGCAGUUGCUCUGCUGGGAAAGUUCUCAUCGGAUUUACAUUUGACUCCGUGACCAAUCAGCGGGACUUUGCGUGAAUCAACAGACAGGAGGGCUCGGUAAAUCCUCUGGACUACAUCUGAGAAAACAAUAAGCCAUUUAACGCGUCUCCGAGUAUCAAACAGGCUCUUUGCAAGCAGAUCACGAGGAGCGACAUCGAGGGCGAUAUCCAGCAAAUCAGAAGUUUUCGCCAUGAACCAAACGGCAGGAGCCACAAACGCGUAUCGCAGGUGCUCCAAGGCUGGAAAGGAGCUGGUGGGCAGUAACCCUCCGCAGAGGAACUGGAAGGGAAUAGCGAUAGCCCUUCUUGUCAUUCUGGUCAUCUGCUCACUGAUUGUCACCUCCGUCAUCCUGUUGACACCAGGUGAGGAUGACCAGCUGGCUCUCAAAGGCAAGGUGACUGUUGCAGACCUCUUCAGAAAAGACUUCAAGGUUCACGACUCUAACGCCAAAUGGAUCAGCAGUAAUGAGCUAUUAUACCGCAAUCGUGAUGGUGACGUCGUCAAGUUCAACGUUGACACUGAUGAGGAGACCAUCUUGGUGCAUAACAAGAAGUUUGAAAUGUACAAAGCCAGCAAGUACGAGGUGUCUCCUGACUUGAAGCAUGUGCUGCUGGCCUACAAUGUUGCACCGGUGUACCAGCAUUCUUACACGGCCUUCUACAUCAUCUGCAGUCUGGAUACUCCGGCGACAUGGAACUUGAACCCUCCAGAGGUGCGAAAUGCUCAACUGCAGUACGCAGGCUGGGGACCCCAGGACCAGCAACUGAUCUUCGUUUUUGAGAACAACAUCUACUAUCGCUCCAGGGUGGACAACCGCUCCAUUCGUCUGGUGUCUACUGGCAAGGAGGGCGUCAUUUUCAAUGGGCUCAGUGAUUGGCUAUAUGAAGAGGAGAUUUUCCAGUCCCACAUUGCCCAUUGGUGGUCUCCAGAUGGGGCCAGGUUAGCGUAUGCCACUAUCAAUGACACCCUGGUGCCCAGGAUGGAGCUGCCCAUGUUCACGGGCACACCCUACCCAAUGGGGAAAGAGUACCACUACCCUAAGGCCGGCGAGGAGAACCCAGUUAUCACUCUGUAUGUUGUGAACCUUAACGGCCCGCUUCACACCAUCGAGAUGAGGAGACCUGAUGAUCCCAGGAUGGGUGAGUACUAUGUCACCAUGGUGAAAUGGGCCACAACCACCAAACUGGCCAUCAACUGGCUGAACAGAGCCCAGAACAUCUCUAUACUCACGCUGUGUGAGGCCACAACAGGUGUCUGCACAAAGAAACAUGAGGAUGAAAGUGAAGGAUGGCUACACAGACAGAAUGAGAAGCCUCUGUUUUCCAAAGAUGGGCUGAAGCUGUUCUUUACCCGCGCUAUUCCUCAAGGAGGCAGGGGCAAGUUCUUCCACAUCUCCAUGUCCAUCUCCCAGCCCAACACCAGUACAGACACACUGCAGUCCAUCACGUCCGGAGACUGGGAUGUCACCCAAGUCCUGGCCUAUAAUGAGGACAGCCAAUUGAUAUACUUCUUGAGCACAGAGGAUGGUCCAAAGCGAAGACAUUUGUACAGUGCGGACACCUUUGGUUCAUUCAACCGUCGCUGUCUGUCGUGUGCCUUGUCUGACAGCUGUGACUACAUCAGCGGCUCCUUCAGCCACAACAUGAGCUACUUCCUGCUCAACUGCCAAGGACGGGACAUCCCAUUUGUAGCUGUUUACAGGACGCAGAGAGACGGAGAAAGUGAGACACAAGACAGGGAGAGUAUUGCAGAAGUAUAUAAACUGGAGAGCAACGAGAACCUGAGGCUGACUCUGGACUCCAUGCAGAUGCCCACAGUGGAGUACAAGGAGAUCAACAUGGAUGAUUACACCUUGUCGAUGCAGAUCCUCAAACCUGCCGGCUUCCAGGACAGUGGACACUAUCCACUGCUCCUGCUCGUCGAUGGGACACCUGGUGGCCAGAUGGUGGCGGAGCAGUUUCACCUGGACUGGGCAACGGUGCUGGUGAGCAGCUUCGGCGCCAUCGUGGUGCGCUGCGACGGACGAGGCAGCGGCUUCCAGGGCACCAACCUGCUGCACCGGAUCCAGAAGAAACUGGGGGUGUACGAGGAACAGGAUCAGAAGGAAGCACUCAAUUUUAUUUUGAAAGAGCCCUACGUUGACAAAACCAGAGUUGGAGCUUUUGGAAAGGUGUAUGGUGGCUAUGUGACCAGCCUGCUGGUCAGUGGCGAGGAAUCCCCUGUAAAGUGUGGCGCUGUCCUCUCACCCAUCACAGACUUUGAGUUAUACGCUUCUGCAUUUUCAGAGCGAUAUCUUGGGCUGCCUAAACCUGAUCCAAGGGCGUACACAAUGGCUAAUUUAGCACACAGAGCAUCUCAGUUCAUGGAUAAGAAGUUUCUUAUUAUUCAUCCAACAGCUGAUGAAAAGGUCCAUUUCCAACAUACAGCAAAAUUCAUCGCUCAGCUCAUCAAUGAAAAGGCCAACUAUACCUUACAGAUCUACCCAGAUGAAGGCCACUUCAUUCACAGUGAAGCAACAAGGCAGCACCUCAGCCAGUCCCUGGUGAACUUCUUCGAGGAAUGCUUCAGGCUACCAGAACGAGUGUUUGAGGAGGCCCUGGAGGAGGAGAGCGAAGACGAGGGUUAACUUGGCCGCCUGAGGCUCGUGUGCCCCAAAUCCUUCCCACCCAUACGUUCACCUGCCUAACCUCCAUCGUGUCCCUGUGCAUAAGCACAACACUGGCAUACAGUUUUUCCACAAUAUGCAACUCUCAUCUGUUCUUGCUCAAUUUGAUUUGCAUUUGGACACCCAGCAUCCGCAUGCUGAACCUGAGACUGCCUUUCCAGCAGACGACGGAUCUAGUCCUACAUCCAUCCUCCCACCUUCUGCCCAGACUUCAAAUCCAAAUGGCCCUCCAGAGAGCCAACAGACUGAUGAGUUGACAUGAUGUUUUGGAAUAUACUGAUUGAUUUAACAAGGAGCCGUCUCCUUCACUGCAGGAUGGACCAGUUCCUUAAAAGCUGUGGAGACAAAGCAUCAGCUUUCACACAGACUUUCAAGCUGUGAGGAGAAGGAACACCUAUAGCACAUAACUCGUGGGCUUGUAUAUUAAUAAAAAUCAGAUGCCUGGUGAAAAACACUGGUUGACAGUGUUCACAAUGAGUGUCUGGAAUUGUGCCGAUACCGGAAAUGUUACUAUUUUUAAAGUUGUGAAGACUUUCAUGUUGGAUUGUGGUUGUGUCUAUUGUUCUUACAGUAUGUAAAAUAGCACACAGACAUUCACUUGGCUAUUACGGAUACAUUUUUCUUGUUUGCCCCGAUGUUCAUCUCGUAGCCUCAUUUUAUGUAUUUCAGUGAUGCUGACAUAAUUCUCUAAGUGGCAAAAUGUUUGGAAGAAAAAAAGCACCGUGAGUUUUUUUUGUUUUUUUUCCAAAAGCAAAAGCAUUAACUUGUUUUAGUCACUGUGCCUUACUGUGUCAGAAAACAUCUUGCUGUGGGACUGCAUUUAUUGACUACAAGGCCAAUUUUAUUGGAACAGUUUGAUUUUGGGAAAUAAACUUCUGAGCUUAGCUUCUUGUCGAGAGUUAGAAGAGAAAUUUGGUUCCACCCUCACAUCUGCCCAUUAAAUAUGAAGCUAGCUUAGCAUAAAUACUGGAAGAAAAUGGGAAACAGCUAGCCUAGCUUUGUCCAAAACAGAAAAAUCUGUCUACUAGCUCCUCUGACUAUCACUGUUAGCGAGUUAUGCUGUAACUUAAUUAGCCUAACCCAUGUAAAAACUACAAAUUGUCUCUAGGUAGUCAUUGCUUUCAGUUUUCCCUGCUUUCAGUCUUUAUGCUAAGUUAAGCUAAGCAUCUCCUGGAUUUAACCCAAUAGUUAGCAGACAGAUAUGACAGUGGUAGCAAUCUUUUCAUCUGACUCUUAGCAAGAGUGUGAAAAAGCAUAUUUCUCAAAAUGGCAGCUAUUGUUUAAAUCUAUAGCUUGAAAUAGAUUAUUAUCAAAUUUUAAAGUUUUUAAAAAGAAUAUCAGCCAUUCUUUGGAAAUAUGCCCAAUAAUGACAUUACACCAAGUUGAAAUGUACAGAAUCUGCAUGCAACAUUGCUUAUAAGAAUUGUAGGUGAAGAAAACUGUACAGAAACUGCAGUGUUUUUCUAUUGAAAGUGUCACACUUGGCUUAAACCAGUAAAUACUUUGUUCAAGGCUGAAGGCAAGAAUCCAUUAAGAUUAGUGUUAUACCCUGAGAGAUUAUGCAUUUGUAUAUAAAGGGGAUAAUUGUCCAAUGAAGACAUGGCAUACAUAAUGAAGAAUUCUUGAGGCACAAAUUUAAUUUUCCAUUUCUUUAUUUAAAUCAACAUUUGCGUUACGUUUCAGUGCAUGUUAAGGUUAUUUGCAGCACUAUCCCUGAUAGCUCAGUUCCACAUGGUAAUUUUGACAUCUUGAAUGUUCCUUACUGGAUUGCAUAAAUUACAUUUCCAGUAGUGUUGUGAUUGAGAUCCCAGUCUCGUCAGCUUGAUGUGUAAAUGUUAUUCAAAUAUCAUUUUAUUCUAAGAAAAAAGAAACAAUAUUACCUGAGUGUUAUUUAUGCAUAAAGCAUUUUGGAAGUUACAUUUGACUAUUCAUUUCUGUUCUCAAGUUGCUGUCCUUGCAAUGAGUUGGCAAAAAUUACGUUUCUUGCAGUGGUUAAGGACUUUUUCAAGACGCUUAACUUUGUUAUCGAAAGCAUAGAAGGAGAUUUAUGGCAGAUUGUGGCAUGACGGUAAAUGUUAGAAUAAAAAAAAUAGAUAUUUUAUCAGCCGCUAGUGUUUUUUGGCUCAUCUGUUUUAUUGUGAAUUUUAAAGCUGUAUUGAAUUGUUUUUUGGCAGCAGAAAACAGAACAUUGAUAUAUUAUCACUGUUAAGUUGUUACAUGUUGUCUAAACAUUGCCUAUUUACAUAUCUAGCAGACACACCGCAACAUUAGCAAUCAUUUGAGUCAUGUUUCGAGCGACCCGUCCAACAUUGAAUCAUUUCAGCUCUGUUUCGGUCUGAGAGUAAUAUUCUGGCUAUUAAAGUUGCUAAAUACUCCACUAAGUUCACUUGCUAGUUGCUGGCAGUCUGUUUGCCGUUUUGUGCGGAGCAGGUAGCAUAAAUGGGGCUAAUGAGAAUGGAGUUUGCAGGCUGUAAAAAUAUUUAUCAGCGUAAGCUUUUAAAAAAUCUCCUAAGUUUACAAAUGCACAAGCUAUAAGAAAUUCUAUUUAAUAUUGGUAAGUGUACAAAUCCUCAACAUGUAGGCCACUAACAUUCAAAUGUUCAAUGCAAAAUUCCAUGUCGCUAUCUGCAUUGACCUAGAGAUUACAACAGAUGGAGUGAGCAGCAAAUCAAAUCGGGUGUUAGAAAGCUUCCCAGCAAACAAACAUCAGAAACAAAUCUUUUUGCUCGAAUGUGCUCCUGGGCCCACCGUAAACAGGAUUAUAGUUGUAUAUCAGCACUUUGCUCUCCUCGUCCUCAAAUUCAAAUCUGUGAUAGUUCUUCCUGGCUAUAAGGAGAAAACAAUCAAAGGCUCCAUCAUGUAGCUACUGACUUUUAAAGAACCAAAAAUAAUGCUGUGUUCAUACCUUCAUUGACAAAGAAUUCAGCCAUGUAGAAGAUGGUCCUGACUGCUGAUGGAGAGUGUGGAAUGUAAGGCCUCCCCCAUUCAAAUGCAUUUUUCUCUGAAUGCCACUGUGUCCCAGAAAUUGGGAAAUCAUAUGCUUUUCAGAGGUGAAGAAAGAGAAAGUGCUCGUAUUAUUUUGCUGUAAACUUGUACCAAUAAAGUGAUGCUACAUUGUU